AUGGCACCGACAAAGAGACUCUCGGCUACAAAGAAGGGGAAGGCCCGCCAAGAGGGGCCCGGCUCACCACCGCCUAAGAGGGUGCGCGGUCGCCCCCGCAAGCACAUUGCAACCCCCACCGCGGCCCCUCGCGGGCGCGGACGGACCUCUCCGGGGUCCGGCGCCGCCCCAGGCUCCCGUGGUAGUGCCUCCUCAUGCGGUGGAGGCCGCCCGAGACGUGGCAGUCCUGCCCAUGAGGGGAGGCACGCCAUGAUCGCCUGGCCUCCCCGGUCGCGCUUCCACUCGGCGGAGGUUCUGCCGGAGUUCGUCGUGUUGUCGGAGAUCCCGGCCGGCACCUGGCUUCAGCUUCCGCGCUCCUUCGCUGGCGAACUGCCGGCCACGGGUCCUGGCGGCCUCUGGCUGCAGGCCGACGGCUGCUGCAGUAAGGCUUCGUUGGUCGCGGUGGAGGUCUCCGCCGCGGGCAAUGUAGCCCUGGCCCGCGGCUGGCAGACGUUUGCCCGCACGCGCGAGGGCCCCGACCCCUUCGCCACGCUGCCGCCGCCCGGCGCCUCCGGCCACCCCCUCGCCGGCGCCUGCCUCCCCGACUCCCCCCGCAUGGCGCCCGCCCCACCUCAACCCGAGCUAGAUCGGGAUCGACCCCGCUGCGCCCCGACGACCGUGCCUCGCCGCCCGGUGCCGCUCGACGCCCUCGUCCACGACAACGCCAUCGCUAGCCCCCGCCGGACAGCUACCUACCCCGCCGCCCCGGCGAUGCCAGGCGCUCACUGGACCUCGCCGGCGCCGCCCCAUCUUCUCUUCCCCGCCGGCCUCCUCGAGCCACGCCGACCGGGGCGACCACACCGGACGCCAUCGCCUACGUCCACCCCGCCGCCGGAUCUCGUCGCCCCGCCGCACGUCGUCGCCGUCCUCCUCCCCACGGAUCGUCCCCGAGCCCACUGCCAUGCCCCUCCCGCUCCCCUGUGA